GGAGUUUGUUUGUGAAGAUAUUUCGAUUCCGUUGUCUGCUAGAUGUAUAUAGAGAAAUAUGUGGAAAAGUUGACAGUAGCUAUAGAGUUGACAACGGCUCAACAGAGGAAAAGAAAUUGAUAGGACUAAUUUCUCUUAGGAUCUAUAUGAACAUCCUUUCAUCAACUACGAUGUGAAAGCGCAGACACUUGACAUCCCCAAGAGAUAUAAGGAAGUUCCCUCCUUUCAUCACCCAGUACGGGAUCUGGAAGAAAUUUAGACCGACGUUAUCGAUUAGAAUAGCAGAUUCGUUCAAUAGAAACGUAUGGUAGCGUAGUAUACCGACGUCAGUCCCCUAGAUUCCUUUUCCGCCUCAUCAACGAGUGACGAGGCUGGCUAGCCGCACUUUACCCUCGAUCUCGAGAUCAAAACAACAGCCGAUCUCCCACCAUCUCCGCUUCCCUCAACAUCCACAACGAACAAAAUCGAAAUCGCUGACACGAUGGCUGAACCACCCCUUGAAUUCAAGACCAAGUUCGGUAACAUUUGGGCCCUCUUCAUCUCUCGCUGCAAGGAGGUCAAUGGUAUCCGUCAGAAUGAGGACAGAGUAGGCCACGACAACCGCAAAGCCGAACUAGACUUUCUCUCAUCCCUCAAGACCCCUGAAGGUAACGCCGCUUGGCAACGCGCCUUUGAAGAAGACAAGAGACUCUCUGCUGUAUGUGCCAAGCGUAAUGAAGCCGAUUCGAUUAUCAUCCAAGCUCUAUUCAAUGCCAUGGUCAAGAACGCGUGGAACCUGGCCGCUGAACCUAACGGUCCACCUCCAUUGAUUACUUUAGAUACUUUCGGUAUCACUCAUGGCGUACACGUGGCUCUUGCACCAUAUGCUAAUGACAAUCUUGGCUUCCAAGGUAUGGGGUUAUCAUCAUCUUGUCGCGUCGUGGCUAACCCCAUUGCAGUCGAUCCAGCUCUCCAGGCUUUGAGUCCAGUCCCAUUCCCGUCUUCAACAGUCAACGCUGCCGGCUCCGCAAGCCAAUCCUCUUCGUCCCAACCAGCAAGUAUCCCUCGUGCCGACAAGGCUAAGACAUCAAACAAGCGCAAGGCUGGAGCCCUAGAGGAACCCGAGACCGGUCCAACUGCUCGAAUGGCAGACCUGACUCUCGAUGACAGCAUUGUCAAUUUCCCCCACAACUCAGUCAAGUUCUGGGUUAUGACAUGUCCCCUCUGUGGCCGCAAUUUCCAGAGUGCUCACGGACUCUAUGGCCACUUGGCGCAGAGUGACGAGGAACAUCUGGCUGUGUUUGGCGGCGAGAAGACCUUCAACAAGGCUGUUGCUAUUUGUGGCACGCGCAUCAUCGAUGCUGAUAAGGCGAGCGCUGAGGCACAUAACAAAGCUGCUAUGAAGAAAUUGAUGGGACGUCCUGGCAAGGACGGUAUCUAAGCAAUGGUAAGCCUUCCUGUAGCUACUCAUAGCUAUCGUUGGAGGUGGACGUUUGUUGAGAGAGGUUCGUUGAUUGGUGUUCGACAGAACCGAGUACAGAAAACAUCCACGGCUAAUGGCGGUGAUAUUGAUUGGACGACGGUAAGCUAACACUC